UAUUGUGAUUUGUGUGGAGUUGGAGAGCGUCUGCAAGAGGAACUGAAUGGAGAAGGGCAUCAGUUUCUUCCUUCCAUGCCUGGUGACACGCAAACAGACGGACAGAGGUGUGGAUCAGUAUCCGCUAGAGAGUACGAUUUUAAGAACCAUCAGUUUACCAAACAGAAAUACUCUCGAGCAGCUUAUACGGAGU